GUGAUUCUGUGAUCCUGAUUGAAUCUUUCCAGCCCCGUGACUAUGAUGUCAACAUAAGAAAACGGAAGACAGGUUGGCAUUGUCGGGGUUGUUGGACACAAGCUUUUUUAAUCUCGGGGGGAAUUUCCCACUGGUGUGACGUCGGCUCAUUUAUAUCGCACUGCACAUCGGGACAGCUCCGUAUGUCGAAAUACUGUUGCUUUUGAAGUCAUCAUGCAAAGCACAGCAAAUUAUCUGUGGCUAAUAUCAGACCUUCUGGGUCAGGGGGCCACUGCAAAUGUCUACCGCGGAAGGCACAAGAAAACAGGUGACCUCUAUGCCGUCAAGGUCUUCAACAACUUGAGUUUUUUGCGACCCUUGGAUGUGCAGAUGAGGGAGUUUGAGGUGCUGAAGAAGCUCAACCACAAGAACAUUGUGAAACUCUUUGCAGUGGAGGAGGAGUCGAACACCCGACACAAGGUGCUGGUGAUGGAGUACUGUCCCUGCGGCAGCCUCUACACUGUGCUUGAAGAGUCAUCGAACGCCUAUGGCCUCCCAGAGGAUGAGUUCCUCAUUGUGCUGCAGGAUGUCGUGGCUGGAAUGAACCACCUUCGGGAGUACGGCAUCGUCCACCGAGACAUCAAGCCGGGGAACAUCAUGCGUGUGAUCGGGGAGGAUGGCCGCUCCGUCUACAAGCUGACAGACUUUGGGGCGGCCCGGGAACUCGAGGACGAUGAGCAGUUUGUGUCCCUAUACGGGACAGAGGAAUAUUUGCACCCAGACAUGUACGAGCGUGCCGUGCUGAGGAAGGACCACCAGAAAAAGUACGGUGCCACGGUUGACCUGUGGAGCAUCGGCGUGACCUUCUACCACGCUGCCACGGGCAGUCUACCUUUCAGGCCCUUUGAGGGACCUCGCCGGAACAAGGAAGUCAUGUAUAAGAUCAUCACAGAAAAGCCAUCAGGGACCAUCUCUGGGCAGCAGAAGUUUGAAAACGGCAAGAUUGAGUGGAGUUCAGAGAUGCCUGUGUCCUGUAGUCUCUCCAAGGGACUGCAGAGCCUCCUGACCCCAGUGCUGGCCAACAUCCUGGAGGCCGACCAGGAGAAGUGCUGGGGCUUCGACCAGUUCUUCGCCGAGACCAGUGACAUCCUGCACCGUAUGGUGGUCUACGUCUUUAGCCUGCAGCAAGCCACGCUGCACCAUGUUUACAUCCACAAAUACAACACAGCCACUCUGUUCCAGGAUGUUCUCUUCAGAUGGACCAACAUCACCCCCAUCAGCCAAGAGUUCCUGUAUGAGGGCCGUCGGCUCAACCUGGAGCCCAACCGCCAGGCCCAGACCUUCCCCCCCACAUCACGCGACAACCCCAUCAUGCUGGUCAGCCGCGAGCUGGUUAACACCGUCGGCCUCAUCUUUGAAGACCCUAGCCCACCUAAAGUCCAGCCCCGCUACGACCUGGAUCUGGAUGCCAGCUACGCCAAGACGUUUGCAGGGGAUGUUGGCCAUUUGUGGAAAACGUCAGAGUCGCUUCUGGUUUAUCAGGAACUGGUCAGAAAGGGGGUCAGAGGCUUGAUAGAAUUGAUGAAAGAGGACUUUAAUGAAACCGCCCACAAGAAAGCAGAGGUGUUUCACAUGUGCAACUUCUGCAACCAGAUUCUGGAGAAGACCGAACAGCUCUACGAAAUACUGAUGCAGGCCAACUUGGUGCCAUCAGAAUAUAAUGAAAUCUCUGACAUGCACGGAAAAGUCCGGAGACUCUCAAGUUCGCUGAGUUCUAUGGAUCAGACGAUGCAGGACAUCAAGAAUAAGUUCCUCCCUGGAGGCAUGCUAACAGACGCUUGGACUCAGCAAGUGGGGACACACCCCCACGACCGCAACGUGGAGAAGAUUAAGGUCCUCUUGGACGCCAUCACUGCCAUCUACCACCAGUUUAAGAAGGACAAGGCCGAGCGACGUCUCCCUUACAAUGAAGAACAGAUCCAUAAAUUUGACAAACAGAAGCUGGUGCUUCACGCAACGAAAGCUCGAGCUUUAUUUACAGACGAGUGCGCUAUGAAGUACCGGCUCUUCAUCUCCAAGAGUGAAGAAUGGAUGAGGAAAGUACACCAUGUGAGGAAGCAGCUCGCCUCACUGAACGGCCAGUUCAUCAACAUGGAACAGGAAGUCACCAUGCUCAUGCAACACGUCUACAAGCUCCAGGAACAGUUACCGCAGAAGAUCAUGCCCUUAACCUCAGGCGGGAUUAAGCCGCAGGCGUAUCUCAGUCAGAGCACACUGGUAGAGAUGACCCUCGGAAUGAAGAAACUAAAGGAGGAGAUGGAGGGAGUGGUGAAGGAGCUGGCAGAGAACAAUCACUUCCUCGAGCGGUUUGGAACGUUGACGCUGGAUGGCGGACUGAGAAACGUUGAUAGGAUCUAAUGGCCCACCCCUGAACCCCAUGAGGAGCGACCACCAUGUACAUAAUGCAUAGUGUUGUAAAUAUGUUCCAGUUGCUUUUAUGUUAUAUUUUAUUUUAUUUCUAUCUGCUGACUCUCUCGUCUCAGAAAAAAAAGGCUCUAGAACGCGGAUGACCUUUGGCCUUUUCAGGCCGCUCGUCUGCUCUUCUCUUGCUCCAUGUUCCAUGUCAUUUUUCUCUUCUUUUUCUAUCUGUGCACACGGGUCUCGUAUAGAGCUGCCUUUAUUUGUAGUGCCUGUAGUGUGCUAAAUCCUCUUUUUUAUAUCAGUCUUCGUUCCGUUUUGUGGUUCGUCUUUUUACUUUAUAAUCAGGAAAUCAUUUGUCUCUUUCUGGACCCUUACUAUUUAAAUACUGUCUUCAUCUGAGAAGUCUUAUUACUGGAAUUUGUAUAAUAAUGGUUAUAUAAUAUAUGAAAUUUUGCAUUUCCCCUCUAUAUUCAUCCUAUGGAUUGAGGUUGUAGUUGGAGCACCUGUGUAGAGUCACAAACUGCUGGGAGAGAUAACAGGAUGGGCAUUAAACUGAGUCACCUGCUCUUUGGAGAUGAUGUGAACAUUUUGGCUGCGUAGGAUCUGGCAAGGAACUUCUUCUCCCCAACUUUCCAGCUAUCCCCUUGCUGAUUUAAUCUGGUCACUUCACACUGCAGCCUUCUUCACUUCACCCUCCAUAUAUUUUCUUUCAUUUUUUGCCUUUUGUUCUGUCAAAAAUCAAACAAAGCAAGAGUGAGUGAGAUGAUGAUAAAGUCUAUAUACUACAACUAAAAA